AUGGCGGCGCCCAGGCCGAUGUCCCGCUUUUGGGAGUGGGGAAAGAACAUCGUGUGCGUAGGCAGGAACUACGCGGAGCACGCCCGCGAGAUGCGGAGCGCCGUACCCAGCGAGCCGCUGCUCUUUCUGAAGCCGUCCAGCGCCUACGCCCCCGAGGGCUCUCCCAUACUCCUGCCCGCUCACAGCCGCGAACUGCACCACGAACUGGAGCUGGGCGUGGUGCUGGGCCGGCGCGGUUGUGCGGUGCCCGAGGACGCCGCCAUGGACUACGUGGCCGGCUAUGCGCUGUGCCUGGACAUGACAGCGCGCGACGUUCAGGACGAGUGUAAGAAGAAGGGGCUGCCCUGGACCUUAGCUAAAGCUUUUACGUCCUCCUGCCCCGUUAGCGCAUUUGUGCCCAAGGACAAGAUUCCCGACCCCCACAAGCUGCGCCUUUGGCUCAAGGUCAACGGUGAGCUCAGGCAGGAGGGUGAGACGUCCUCCAUGAUCUUUUCCAUUCCCUAUAUCAUCAGUUACAUUUCUAAGAUUAUGACCUUGGAAGAAGGCGAUAUCAUCUUGACCGGAACGCCAAAGGGAGUUGGGCCGGUAAAAGAAAACGAUGAACUCCUAGCCGGCAUUGACGGCGUCGUCAGUAUGCGCUUUAAGGUGGAACGGCCAGAAGACUAUAAAAAGCCCUAG